AUGCCAGAACCAUCUAGAGCCCCUGGGCCACCUACUUGCCCUUCCCAAAGGAUUCGGGUAGGCUUCUGGCCUUGCCACUCUGCCUCCCACUCCACCUUCCCAACCGCCCCCUUUCAGCCUUGCCCUUUUCUUCCUUUCUUUCCCCUCCAGAUCUUGACUGCUAGCGGAGACGGCACUUGUGCUCUCUGGGAUGUUGAAAGCGGACAGCUAUUGCAAAGUUUCCACGGGCACGGGGCUGACGUCUUGUGCUUGGAUCUUGCUCCGUCAGAAACAGGAAACACUUUUGUCUCAGGGGGGUGCGAUAAGAAAGCAAUGGUCUGGGACAUGCGGACCGGGCAGUGCAUCCAGUCGUUCGAAACCCACGAAUCAGAUGUCAACAGUGUCAGGUACUAUCCAAGCGGAGAUGCCUUUGCCUCUGGAUCAGACGAUGCUACGUGCCGCUUAUAUGACCUCCGUGCGGACAGAGAAGUAGCGAUUUAUUCCAAAGAGAGCAUUAUUUUCGGGGCCUCCAGUGUGGACUUCUCUCUCAGUGGGCGCUUGCUAUUUGCGGGCUACAACGAUUACACCAUAAACGUCUGGGAUGUCCUGAAAGGGUCUCGUGUAUCUAUUCUCUUCGGGCACGAGAAUCGCGUCAGCACCCUGAGAGUUUCGAGCGACGGGACUGCUUUCUGCUCGGGAUCGUGGGACCACACACUGAGAAUCUGGGCUUAAUCCUUUGUACUGCCCCCAUAUGCGUGUUAAAAUUGACCUCGUCGGAUAUGAAAAUGAAAUCUACAUUUGCAAAACGAAACGAAAAGCUACAACGAUCCGGUAGUCGUACAAAUUAAUAAUAUUUUGCCACGGUUAUCAAACCAUUGCCCAAACACUACUGUUUAGCAAAGGUAAUAAAUAUACUUUUAUCAUACAGUGGGUGGAAGAAAAUAUAUGUGUGAUACGAUCCGUUGUUUUUCAUUCUGGUUUUGAAAUGACCCUUUUUUUCAUAGCAAAUAGUUUAAUAAUUCUAAAAGCCAGACUUCUAUCGAAAUGACCUGUAAAAUAGAAUUUAGUAUUUUAGUGCGCGUUAUGUGUAUAGUAUUUGCACGGAUUACAUUUCCUCCUAAUGACAACUUGGAAAUAAUACGGAGACCUGCCUUUGUAAGGGUUUCUUCAGACUCACUCACUUGCACACUCGAUAAAUGCAGCAAAAUAGAAUAUGUUAUUCCCACUUGGUCCUCCCCCUCAACCACCAUUUGAGCGCUGAAUGGGAAGCUGCAAAGGAGCAAGUGCUAU